ACAAAAAAGAAAUGAUGAAUCAAAAAACAAUAAUUUCCAUGACCAUUUUGCCCCUAGUUAUUAUCCUUGUGAUUAGUAACACAGCCAAUGCUCAACUUAGAACUAAUUUCUACAGCGCAACAUGCCCUAAUGUUGAGGCCCUCGUUCGUGCCGCGGUUCAAACCAAAUUCCGCCAGACUUUUGUCACCGCUCCGGCCACCCUCCGCCUCUUCUUCCACGACUGCUUCGUUCGGGGAUGUGACGCAUCGAUUAUGAUAGCAUCGCCGAACGGAAACGCGGAGAAGGACCAUCCAGAUAACCUAUCUCUAGCAGGAGACGGUUUCGACACGGUUAUUAAGGCAAAAGCUGCCGUUGACCGAAAUUCCCAAUGCAGAAACAAAGUUUCGUGUGCUGAUAUAUUAGCAUUAGCCACAAGAGAUGUUGUCGUCUUGGCUGGAGGGGCGUCGUACCCGGUGGAAUUGGGAAGAAGAGACGGGAGAAUAUCGACUAGUGCAAGCGUACAAGGCCGUCUUCCGGGACCGGGAUUUAGCUUGAACCAACUCAAUACCAUGUUUGCAAGUCAUGGCCUAGACCAAACUGAUUUAAUUGCAUUAUCAGGUGCACACACGAUCGGAUUCUCCCACUGCAACCGUUUCUCCAACCGUAUCUACAACUUCAGCCCAUCGAGACGGGUUGACCCGUCACUGAACCCGCAAUAUGCAACCCAGCUUCGGCAAAUGUGCCCGAUCAAUGUUGACCCUAGAAUCGCGAUCAACAUGGACCCCACAUCCGCAAACACAUUCGACAACGCCUACUUCCGUAACCUACAAGGAGGAAGAGGGCUAUUCACCUCCGAUCAAGUCCUCUUCACCGAUACUCGAUCGAGAGCCACCGUUAAUCAAUUUGCAUCGAACAAUGCCGCUUUUGGCAGAGCAUUUGGCCUGGCCAUGACUAAGCUUGGUAGAGUUGGGGUGCUCACUGGUAACCAGGGUGAAAUCAGAAUUGAUUGCACUAGGCCAAAUUAAAUUAUGAGGAUCAAUAUAUAUUAAAUUAAUGUCGUUAUUUCUUGAUUUUUAUUUUAUUUUAUUAUUUUGUGAAGAUUGAUAACAACUAGAACUAGUGUUAGUUUCUUGUUGCCAUUUGUAUUGGAUGUGAUGAAAAAUAAGGAGUUUGAGUUGAGAAUAUUUCAAAUUCAUUAAUAAAUAA